AUACCGGUUGUUAGUCUGCGAGAACACGUCGGAGCGAAACGAUCGGCUCUUCUUACGUGAGAUAGCAAAGUUUUCUUAUGAAGAAGGGACAAUAAUCCGGUUAACCAACAGUAAUCUAUUUGGAAUCAUCGAACUGGAAGAAAGCUCAAGUAAAACUUACUCCCCCUCGCGAUGGAGCGGGGUAACACAGGUACCAACAUGGCGGCAGCAGAAUCUCAGAGACAAGUGAAAAACAUCAGCCGCUUCCGAGAAGUGCUUCCUCAGGUACUGGCUAGUGUUGCCUGCAACUUCGUGCUGCUGGAUCUCAACUUGUCCCUUGCGUACCCAACCAUCCUCAUCGCUCAGCUACACCAGAAAGAAGGUCCUUUAAGUCUGGACGACGUACAGGCCUCAUGGCUAGGAAGCAUCGCGUACAUCUGCCAGCCGUUCGGUAGCCUGAGCUCUGGAAUGCUAGUGGAAUGGUUAGGUCGAAAGCGCUUUAUGAUGCUACUCAACGUGCCCUUCCUGUUGGGCUGGUUGCUCAUGUGCACGGCGCCAAACUACGCGGUGCUCUGUGUCGCCAGCGUCGUGGUCGGCGUCACUAUCGGACUCACCGAGGCGCCCAUCAACAGCUACAUCGGCGAAGUGUGCCAGCCAGAGAUCAGGGGCGUAAUGACAGCCUGUGCAGGAGUGUUUUACCAAUGCGGCUUCUUCCUCGAGUACCUCUUCGGCAGUCUGACAGACUGGAGGACCGCUGCUGGCAUUAGCGCAUCCAUCCCCAUCUUCACCGCCAUCUAUAUUGCUCUGGUGCCCGAGGCCCCAAUAUGGCUGAUCUCCAAGGGGCGGAUAGAGGAUGCUCAAGUAGCCCUUUGCUGGCUUCGAGGAUGGGUGGAGCCGAGCGUCGUCAAACAGGAGCUAACUGAGCUGAUCCGCUAUCACCAGGAGACCAUGCUUCUGCUGACGAACGCAUCCGGAAGCCAGCAGAUCAGAGAGACGAGUGCAGCCUUCGAUAACCCGGUGUUCGUAGGGGAGCCGGAGAUAGAACCAAAGAGAAAACCGAUGGUUGUUGCAGAGACCGAGACGACAGGUGGCAGCACUUGCUGCGGGGGACGUUCGGAGAUGUUGGACCGGAUCCGGGACCUGGUGCGCCCCCCCACGCUCCGUCCCCUCCUGCUCGUCAUCCCAUUCUUCUUCUUCGUCCACUUCUCUGGGCUAACCUCAAUCAGGCCUUUCAUGGUGCACGUAUUCAAGGAAUACCAGAUGCCCAUCAGCGGCGAGUGGGCCACAGUGGUGUCCGGUGGAUGCGGUGUCGUGAGCACGGUGUUCAUGAUGUGCACGGUCCAGCGGAUAGGGAAACGUCCCUUGUCGCUGUUUUGCACCAUGGGGAGCGCCUUGGCGGCCCUCCUGCUCGCUGUGUACGCCCUUGUGGAGGUAGCGCCCCAGAAACCAGGGGAGCCACUUAGCGCCACCUGGGCUCCACUCCUGCUCUUCAUCCUACUGUCCUUCUGCAACGGCAUCGUGGGACAGAUGCCCUGGAUGCUACUUUCUGAGGUCUUCCCCUUCAGAACGCGUGGUCUGUCGGGGGGCGUCUCUGCUGCUGGCUGCUACGUGUUCCUCUUCCUCAGCUCCAAGACGUUCAUCGACAUCGAGCGUUCCUUCCAGUUGCACGGCGCCUUCUGGUUCUACGGUGCCAUCAGCUGCGUCGGCGUCGUGUUUCUCUACUUCCGGCUGCUGGAGACGGAGGGGAAGUCCCUGGAGGAGAUCGAGAAUCACUUUACGAAGGGCCUCAGCGCGCGCCGAACAACCACAAUGACGAAAGACGGACAUGAAAUGGAGGGGAUGAUGGCGUCUGGCAAGAAACCAGAGAUCGUGGCAGGAAUGGACAACCCGGUGACAAACGACCAUAAACAACAUAAGACCGUCACGCGCUUCAGGGAAGUUCUACCUCAGGUGCUAGCCACCAUGGCGUGCAACAUGGUGGGGCUGGAAGUCAUCGUAACCCUUGCGUUCUCGACCGUGGCUAUCGCCCAGAUGCAUCGCGCAGAGGCACAACCACAUGACCUCUCCCUGGACGACGUCCAAGCUUCCUGGAUUGCCAGCAUCCCAUUCAUCUGCCAGCCAGUGGGCAGCGUGGUGUCGGGGCUAUUGGUGCAGCUGAUGGGAAGAAAGCGGUCGCUCAUGCUCGUCAACGUACCCUUCCUGGUGGGCUGGCUGCUGAUGUACACGGCGCAUUCCUUCGAGCAGCUUGCGGUAGCGCAAGUCAUCCUGGGCGUCACCAUUGGACUUUGCGAGGCUCCUCUCAACACGUAUUACGGCGAGAUCAGCCAGCCGGAGCUACGGGGCAUACUGGCGGGAACAGCGGGUACAACCUACCAAACAGGAUUUUUCCUGGAGUACCUUCUGGGCAAAGUGACCAACUGGCGAACAGUUGUGAUCAUGAACGCGGUCUUACCAGUAAUCACUGUUCUGUACUUCAGCCAGGUACCAGAAUCUCCAAUCUGGCUGCUGUCGAAGGGUAGGAAGCGAGAUGCACAGAACGCGUUGUGCUGGUUGAGAGGCUGGGUGAAACCUAACGCCGUUAAAGAAGAAUUCUCUCAGCUUGUCCGCUAUAGCGAAGAGGCCAAGAAGGAGAUCGAACUGAGGACGCCGGAUGAAGAAGAACGACCAGAAGCCAACACACUCCUUGACUGGACACACAGGGAGCACGUGACAGCAAAGCGACGCUGGAAGUGUUUGGGACUAGCACGGGAUGUGCUACGCCCCCCGACUCUGAGACCCCUGUCGCUCGUCGUCCCGUUUUUCUUCUUUGUCCACUGGACAGCAAUGACAGCGAUCAGACCCUAUAUGGUGCACGUGUUCGAGGGCUUCAAAGUUCCCAUCGAUCCCAUGUGGGCCACGGUGGGGUCUGCCGGAAUUGGAAUCCUGGGUUCGCUGUGCCUGCUUCUGCUGGUGCACUCGACGGGCAAGCGUCCUCUGUCCCUCUGCUGCAUCGCCGUCUGUAGCGUGGCCUGCGUGUUGCUCGGUCUGUUCGCCUUCCUGGUGCCCGCCGAGCACAUGCAGAAGACAGGCACACGGGCCCCCGCGUAG